UUCUAUUCAUGGAACAUUUACGUUCCGUUUUAGUUUUCAACCUGAAGAUGGCCUAUUAAUUAGGCUGAAAACGUUUGUUGUUUAAAAAUUAUAUUUCUCGGCAAAAAAGAGGUAGAAUUUCAAAUCGAAACUAAAUGUCGUGAAAUCGAGCUGUAAAAUCAAUACUCUGUACACCCGAUUAACGAAAAUCCGUACAAAUGAAAAUAUUCAUUUUUUGUGUGACUUUUUUAACAGUAGGUGCAGUAGAAACUACUAACAAAUGCAGACUGCAAAUCCUUGCUGACUGUGUGUUGACUGUGAGUGAUUUUAUCAAAAACCUGGGAAAUCCAUUUCCAAGUAAUGAAGAAGAGUUGAAAGAACAAUGCCGAAUGUUGGAAACAGAGAGAAAUUGUAUGUACAACUUCUCCCAUAAUUGCAUGACUUCAAUGGAUAGAAUAGUGGGAGAUUUUAUUUUUAGUGGCACUAUGCGAAAGAUGAAAGAUUUUUGUGACCCACAAAAACAGUUUUAUAAAGAUUAUGUGAAAGAAACAUCCUGCAUAAAGUCUAAUUUCAAAAGAGUCAAAUCUUGUUUCGAAGAAAAUCUGAAUUCUGUAGUGACUUUGUACCAAAGUUCAUCGACAGACAAACUUUUAACAUUUUGCUGCGGAUUAAAUCGUUUGAGAAGUUGUAUCGUGGAUUAUUACAAAGAGAGAUGUAACGAGAAGGUGGCCACGUUAAUGGACUUUCAAAUAGAAUUUCUCUUUGCAGAAUGGAUUUUAGAAUUGUGUAGUCCUUAUUUAAAUCUAAAAAACGAAUGCCCCGUUAUUACCACAAAAUAUAAUCCGAAAGAAAUAAGUAUAUCAGGUUUUUUAAUUAAGUAUCUCGCUCCUUACAGUUGAGUGUUACGCCCCAUUUCAAUUAUGUUCUGUCCGUUAAAUUGAUUUAAAGUGUAUUAACUGUAUAAUAUAAUUUUCUGUAUAUUUUAUUAUUAAUAAAAUAACAAAAUAAUAAUAAUAAUAAUUUCUUCCUGUG